AAGAAAAAAAAAGAAGCUUCCAGGUUUUCCCCAACUCAAUCCGUGCCUCCGCGGCGCCAAGAACGCAACAACUCCACGCGGGGACAAGGCGAGAGGCCCUUCGACCUACGACCGCGUGCGUCCUCCUCCAGCCGCCGCGAGCACGCGCUCUCUUCGCGUCCCUCCUCGACGCCGCCGGGCCGGAGUUGGGCGGAGUUCGAGUUUUUUUCUACCGGAUACGUACGCUUUGAAGGUUAAGGAAGAAAGCUUGCUGUUUUGUGAUGGCCGCCCCAAUUUCCACAGCUGUUUUUCUUGAUGAGAACCUGCCAAUCCAUAGAGGACCUGCCGGCAAGAGGGCUGAUGGACUGAAGGCCAAACCACUGAAGCCAUUAGCAAAACAAGGGCUUCAAGAGAAGAAGGCCCUAAGGGAUGUAUCCAACAUUGGCAAGCCCCCAAUGUCUACGCGGAAACCCCUGCAGGAUGUGUCCAACACUGGCAAGCCCCGAGAACAGCGCAACAUUUCUGAUGGUGCUGCCUUGAAGAAGACUGCUCUUCGCAGCCAUGAGGCCACCAAGAACCCAGUGAAAAAGACUGUAAUCUUUUCUGACGAGACAACAAAAUGUCAUGAAUGGGCUAAGGAUGGUGUGGAGGGCACUCACUUCACUGGGAAUGAUUCUCAGAAGUUGGAAAAGGACAGGCAAGACAAACGUGUCAAGAAGAAGGUGGAGAAAAUAAUGUCGGCAUUACAUGACUGGCCAGAUGUGGUAUUUGAUCAUGUGUUGUUUCCUUCUGAGGUGGUUGCAGCAUUUUUUAAAGACAUAAAAGAGCUGGAGCUGGAACCUGAGAUUCUGCCAGAUAGCAAUAGUUGUCUCUCAAGUUCAGGUGAUAAAAUGAAGCUGUCUGAAGAUCCUUUUGCGGACGAUGAGUUUGACAAUUAUCCGUUUCUUGACAAUAAGCCUGUUGAGUUUCAGCUGAGAGAUGAGCUACCACUCCUAGAGCCUGGAAUGAACUGAGGAAUGCUAAUCCACCCGCUUGAAAAAAAAAAAUCAGAACAGUACUAUUAUCGCCAUCCUGUCUUGCUCAGGAGCAGUUUAUUGUAGUAUGCUAGUAUCCUAGUUGUUCUGCUCUAUGUGAUUUUAUGUGAUAAUCAGACACACUGUAGGAACCCAAGUAGUGGAAGCAACUUUAGCUUCCUUUCUGUCCUGUUUUGGCUGAGAUGCCCACCACCGUUCAGUCGUGUGUAAAUGUUUAAACUGUAGCGUAACCGUGUAAGGAUUCUGCAGAAAUAUCGUUGUUUCAUUUCCUCUAAUGUCAUGUGUUUGAUAUCCCUGUUUAUAUUUUAUUCGGAGUUUCA